UUUCGCCGAGAGCCCGAGCCCGAGACCAACACAAUACAGUAAUACACAAGUACACAACACCUCCACCCAUUGCGGCAAAGUUGGCACGAUCUCUCGCUGCCUUGGACUCUUCUAGUUCUAGUUUAGUUUGCCUUCUUUCUUCUCCGUCUCCUCCUCGCGGCGGCGCGCAUGGAGCGGCUGAUCUCCAAGUCCGUCGCCGCCCGGAUCCCUCUGCCGGGGGGCGGAUCCCCAUCCCGCCGCCUCGCCGUCGCGGGUCUCGGCGGCGGCGGCGGCGUCGAGCCGUGGGCGGGGAGGCUACGGGCGCAGCCGCGUCUCGGGCCGAUCGCGGCGCGGCCGCACGAUGGUGUGUCGGCCCCGCCGCGGGAGGCCGCUCCGGCGGCGGCGGUUGGACCUCCGUGGAAGUUGCUGUGGAGUCUGCUCCCCAAGGCUUCCAGAGCUGCUCUUUUCCUAUUGGUGGCGCUUGUUACCGGCACCCUGCAAUCUAGCAUUCCUUAUCCUGCCCAUGCAUCAGUGCAAUCAAUAACCAAAACUGGUGGACUAUUUACAUCAGAGAUACUAAGCAGUGGUUGGGCUGGUUUCAUUGCUGGAUGCUUGCAUACCUUGUCUGGGCCUGACCAUCUCGUUGCUUUGGCACCACUGUCGAUUGGAAGAUCAAGACUGGAAAGUGGACUGGUCGGUGCCCUUUGGGGUUGUGGUCAUGAUGCAGGACAAGUUAUUUUUGGCCUGCUAUUCUUAUUACUCAAGGAUCGAUUGCACAUUGAGAUUCUCCGGACAUGGGGAACAAGAGUGGUUGGUCUGACCCUUCUAAUCAUAGGAGGUAUGGGCAUCCGAGAAGCUACAGAGGUUCAGGAAUCGUCGCUCGCCCUGGAAGGCGUGGACUGCAACAUAACCAGCAGUGAGCCUUUACAAACCCCUGCUGCUCCCAGGAAGAAGAAAGUUGGUUUUGCAACAUUUGCCACUGGAGUUGUUCAUGGUCUCCAACCAGAUGCUCUACUGAUGGUGUUGCCUUCAUUGGCCCUUCCCUCACGCUUCGCUGGUGCAGCAUUUCUUGGCAUGUUUUUGAUGGGGACUGUAUUUUCGAUGGGGAGUUACACUGCUUUUGUAGGUUCUUGUAGUGAGGCCUUGAAAGAAAAGGUCCCUAGGAUAACAGAGAAACUGACCUGGGCGGCUUCACUUGUAGCAAUAUGCAUGGGAAUAGCUCUUCUAGUUGGGCAGUUCUUCGGUUUCAGCCUAUACUAAUGUAUUCGCAAUACGACAUUGUUUCCUUAAUAUUGUUGGCAAUUAGAUUGGUAACAGAGGAUUUUAUUUGUAUGACUGCAAAUUGUAUACUGGUAGACACAGACUUUACACCGAUUUUUUUCCUCCAGAAAAAAAGGAAGUGGUUUUGUGCUGUA